GUGCGAGCUCCAGUCUCUGCCGUAUGGGGGUUUAUUUUGCUUUGGGCCGCUCCAGCCGCCGCCAUUAGGCGAGCCAGGAUAGAUUCUAGGGUGGCGGGAUCGCCUUUCCUGGUCUCCUCCCCCUGUCCCGCUAGGGUGGUAGCGCCCUACCAACUAACUGCGUCCUUUUAGUCACCCAGACCAGGAAGAAACCAUGUCUUGAGCCGGGGGGAGGGGAGGUGAGAGCAGGAGGCCGCAGCCAGCGGUGCAGGGGUGGGUGGGAUGCGGGUGAGGGGCAUGAACGGCAGCUGCUGAGGAGAUAGCCGCGGGAUCGGGAGGCAGCCCUGCAAGGAAAAGCUGUUUAUAUAGUGCUGUUGGUCAUCCUUGGCAGUUUCUGCAGAAGAGGACAAGGCCUGACCCAGCAUGGAGAUGAAAUAGAUCUUCAGUAUAGAAAAACUUUCUGCCUGAAACAAUUAACUUCAGGGAGUGCAGGAUGACAGAACGUGGAAUAAAAUGGGCUUGUGAGUAUUGUACAUACGAAAACUGGCCAUCUGCAAUCAAGUGUACCAUGUGCCGUGCUCAAAGACCUAGUGGAACUAUUAUCACAGAAGAUCCAUUCAAGAGUGGUUCAAGUGAUGUUGGUAGAGACUGGGAUCCUACAAGUAUUGAAGGAGGCAGCAGCCCUUUGAUAUGUCCAGAUUCCAGUGCAAGACCAAGAGUUAAGUCAUCCUACAGUAUGGAAAGUGCAAAUAAGUGGUCAUGCCACAUGUGCACAUACUUGAACUGGCCUCGUGCAAUAAGAUGCACUCAGUGCUUGUCUCAGCGUAGGACCAGGAGCCCCACAGAAUCCCCUCAGUCUUCAGGGUCUGGUUCAAGACCAGCUCCUUUCUCUGUAGAUCCUUGUGAGGAGUACAAUGAUAGAAAUAAAUUGAAUAUGAGGACACAGCAUUGGACUUGUUCUGUUUGUACAUAUGAAAACUGGGCUAAGGCCAGAAAAUGUGUUGUCUGUGAUCAUCCAAGACCCAACAACAUUGAAGCAAUAGAAUUGGCAGAAACAGAAGAGGCUUCUUCAAUAAUAAAUGAGCAAGACAGAACUCGGUGGAGGGGCAGCUGUAGUAGUGGUAAUAGCCAAAGAAGAUCACCUCCUACAACCAAACGGGAAUCUGAAAUGAAAAUGGACUUUCAGAGAAUUGAGCUGGCUGGAGCUGUUGGCAGUAAAGAAGAACUUGAAGUUGACUUCAAAAAACUAAAGCAAAUAAAAAACAGAAUGAAGAAGACAGACUGGCUGUUUCUCAAUGCUUGUGUUGGGGUUGUAGAAGGUGACUUAGCUGCUAUUGAAGCAUACAAGUCGUCAGGAGGAGAUAUUGCACGGCAGCUUACUGCAGAUGAAGUACGCUUGUUAAAUCGCCCUUCUGCUUUUGAUGUAGGAUACACACUUGUUCAUCUUGCUAUACGUUUUCAAAGACAAGAUAUGUUAGCAGUUCUGCUUACAGAGGUAUCCCAACAUGCAGCUAAGUGCAUUCCAGCUAUGGUGUGCCCAGAGCUUACUGAACAAAUCCGGCGUGAAAUUGCUGCAUCUCUUCAUCAGCGGAAGGGAGAUUUUGCUUGCUAUUUCCUAACUGACCUUGUAACAUUUACAUUACCCGCAGAUAUUGAAGACUUGCCACAAACAGUUCAAGAGAAACUAUUUGAUGAAGUACUUGAUAGGGAUGUUCAAAAAGAGCUAGAAGAAGAAUCUCCCAUUAUAAACUGGUCUCUGGAAUUGGGUACGCGUUUGGACAGUAGACUUUAUGCACUUUGGAAUCGGACUGCAGGAGAUUGCCUGCUUGAUUCAGUACUACAAGCUACCUGGGGCAUUUAUGACAAGGAUUCGGUGCUACGUAAAGCUCUUCAUGACAGUUUACAUGAUUGUUCUCAUUGGUUCUAUACCCGAUGGAAAGAGUGGGAGUCAUGGUACUCUCAAAGCUUUGGUUUACACUUCUCGCUGCGAGAAGAACAAUGGCAGGAAGACUGGGCAUUUAUACUUUCUCUUGCUAGUCAGCCUGGAGCAAGUUUGGAACAGACACACAUUUUUGUACUUGCACAUAUUCUUAGAAGACCAAUUAUAGUUUAUGGAGUAAAAUAUUAUAAGAGUUUCCGGGGAGAAACUUUAGGAUAUACCCGUUUUCAAGGUGUAUAUUUGCCUUUGUUAUGGGAACAGAGUUUUUGUUGGAAAAGCCCUAUUGCUCUGGGCUACACGAGGGGCCACUUCUCUGCUUUGGUUGCCAUGGAGAAUGAUGGUUAUGGCAAUCGAGGUGCUGGUGCUAACUUGAACACUGAUGAUGAUGUUACUAUUACUUUUUUACCAUUGGUUGACAGUGAAAGGAAGCUGCUGCACAUUCACUUCCUGUCUGCUCAAGAGAUUGGUAAUGAGGAACAGCAGGAGAAGCUGCUCAGAGAGUGGCUGGACUGUUGCGUGACCGAGGGUGGAGUCCUAGUUGCUAUGCAGAAAAGUUCUCGCCGGCGCAACCAUCCACUGGUAACGCAGAUGGUAGAGAAAUGGCUUGACCGCUAUAGACAAAUCCGCCCCUGUACAUCCCUUUCAGAUGGAGAGGAAGAUGAAGACGAUGAUGAUGAAUGAUGAAAUUGAGAUACCUGGUUGCAUAUAAUGUGUGGUGACAACCCCAGAUCUUGGGGCACAGUCUAGCGAUUUGUUACAAGAUGACCCAAUUAUAGCAGGAAGCAUCCUGCAUAGGAUUUUUAAUCAGCAUGGGGAAAUUCAGAGGCUCAUCCAAUCUGUGAAGACAGCUACAUUGGUUGGACUACCAUUUGUAAAAAAGCAAAGCCCUAAUUUUAUUACCAAGACACAUAGCAUUUUUCUUUCCAGUUGUACAUCUGCCUAUAAAUGUACCGCAUGUGGUCGUGUAAGAAAGUUGUGUAAUAGGAAAAAGUAUUACCAGCAUCUUAAAAUUAUUGAAGAAUUUUCUUUUGAAUAUGGGCACUUAAAAAAAGCACAUUGUAGAUGAAUAUCUGUUCCUUUUGAAACUUACAGUAAAACUUGCUUAUUCUGCAUAAGUUUUUAAGCAUUCUGGCACACUUCCUUGAAAAGACCAUUUUGUAUGAAAUCUUGCUAAUGCCCAGGUCAGAUCAUGUGGCUUUUUUUGGUUGAUGCCAUAUAUCCAGAGUAAGUCAGAAGUAUGAACAAGCUUAUUAUUUAAAUAAGAUUUGAGUUAAUUUCGUGCCCAUUAUAAUAAAAUGAAAUGUUAAAGGGAAACACUAUGGAAGGGAUGAUAAAUUUUGAUUAAGUGAACUUUGUUUUCUGUAAAGGCUUCUCUGCUGUCCAUUAAUAUUUUGUAUCAUUUCUUUGGGAUAGUUUCCCCCCCCAGCCUACUUAAAAUAGUCAAAGAAGUACUGUUCCAGAAAGCUAUACGCUAAGCAAUUGUGUGGAGUUUGCUAAACUGAACUGAAAACUGCAUUUUGUCCAAACCCGGUCUUGCUGUGAGUUGUACAGUAGAAAUUAAUAUUUUAUCAAGCCUUUCCCCGUGCAAGUUAAAAUCACCUCCAUUGAGGAGCACUCCUUGGUCAUUAAAAUCGAGUGAGAAAGCACUUUGGCAGUUUUCCUUAAAAGCCUUCAUUCUAAAUUUUGUUUUAAAGUACUGUGUAUUAUCUUUCCUUGGUAUGUAAACUUUGGAAUUUUUUGCAUGUUGAUUGAUUGUGGCCACAUUGAAUAUGUAAGUUUCCUGAAAGUAUAAGUUCAGAAUAUAUUCUCCAGUAGAAAAAUCUUUUUAUUAUACUUGAUAACUUUAGCCAUGGUAUCUUGAAUGGAUAUAGCCUAUCCAAAACCUCACUUUAAAAACACUAAAGGUUGAAUAGUUUUGUAUGCAUAAAGCAGAUCCUGAUGAGCACUUUUUGAAGACUAAUGAUGGUGGAAAUGAUGGCAAGGAAACUCUUGCAAAAUAGAUUUCCUUGUUUAAGAAUCUGGACAGAAGCUAUACGUAUGUAUUUUUACAUAGUUGUAAAAAAUAUAGGAACCCUUCAGAAUUUGCUGCUUUUCUAAAUGUGGCGUAGCUGGAGUUGAAAAAAUAUAUCUCCAAAUAAUAAUCUACACUGAAAUUUCAUCAAGGUACUACAUGGAAGAAAUAUAAUACAACUUUUUCCACCUCUGACACAAGCAUAUUAUAGUGUGUGUGUAUGUGUGUGUUUAUGUGUAUAUAUUUUGGUCAUUAGUUCUCUACUCUGGUGCAUGCAGAGAUUAUCAGGUGAAGGUGCAUGUUUACCUGUGAUGAGUUAGAUUUCCUAAACAUUGCAGUAAUUGGUUUAGUCUUCCUAAAACAGGUUCAGCUUUAAUGUACAAUCCUAACUUAGGUUUUUCUAAAUGCAAUCAUAAGGUCAAGUUAACACCUUAUUAAUUAAUCAAUCAAUCAAUCAGUGCCUACCUUACAUACUUUACAGUGAGAUCCCUGCAUUUCUGGACCAGUAGAAUAAGUUAGGUAAUUAUGCUUGUGUUGGAGGGAGGUAGUUGCUUGAAAUGAUGCAAGUUAUGCCCCAAAUCUGAGUCACUUUCUAGUAUUAAUAGCGAUUUCCAAUGAAAUACAGCUUUCUUAAAUAAAAACAUCACUUUUAUUUGCCCUACCAUAGUAGGGGGAAAUGGCUAAAUCUCUAGCCAUGUUUAUUCCACUGCAGUAACAAAGUCUAGAGAUUUUUUGGAGUCUCCUUGGAUGAAAGCAUUUGGUUUCUGUCAGGAAUAAAAAUGAUAAUAGUGUUAUCUUUUUACUGGCUCAUAUCCCCAUAUAUUGUACAAUUCCACAGACAGCAAUACCCAGUCAGUUUCUUGUAGCCUCAAUACAUCCCUAUGAUCAGUGGAGGUCAGUGGUGGUUUUUGUUUUGUUUUUUAAGAUUGUAACUCCAGCAGUUGUUCGUGCUGGAGAAAAGGCAUUGAAUAAGUUGUUGCUGUGCCUUGACCAUUGAUUGCAAUAAUGAACUGGCCUCUAAUCUGAUAUGUCUUCUUUUAAAAAAUGAAGACUUUUUCCCACUUGGCUGUGUUCUAAGCUAUAGCCGUGAGGGUUUUAAAAAAGUUAUACUGUUAUCUUUAAAGCUAAAGGGCAAGCUACAGUUUGAAUUCUUUUUCUAGAGUAGUUUGGUGUGCUAUAAUAGAACACUUUAAAUUCAGGUAUUUGUCUGUAUUGCUGAUCUUCCUUUUGAACUCUAGUGGGGGUAGAGAAGUUUUUCUUGCUUAAAUACUUGUAUAAAUUCUUUCUCCCUGCCUUUUUUAAUUGUCCCCCCCCCCCAGAUAUCUCACUUCAAAGCUUGCUGCCCAGUUCUGUUUAGAAAAGUACCACUACUUCAAGUGUUAAAAAGCACUGUUUAGACAACAAAAUGGCUUCCCUUCUCGUUAUCUCCACCAUUUUGUACGUUAAUGACUUUAAUAUCUUGCUUGAAGCUUUGUUCUACUGCAGUGGACCUAUGCUUUCUGACUUACUCCAGCUUUUAUAUUUUCUGCAUUUGGCAACUUAACUAUCAUAUUAAGAUGUCUUUUGAAACUACAAAUGUUAUAUUGAAGUUUGACUAAAAGCCUCCCCUAGGGAGUAAUUUGGUUUUAAUUUCAAGUGGGGCAUUUUUCUUUCAGUUAGUACCUGGAAGUAAUGUGAAGUUAAUUGCCUCAAAGCAGCCAAAUUUUGUGCCAGAGGUUCCUAGCACAUUCACUGGUGGUAGAAGAGAGCCUGCCUCAAAUGCAAUUGCCCUGUUAGAAAGUAUCCAUUUUCAACAACAUUAAUUAUGCCUAUCUGGAAUGCCACUGCCUGGUUUAAGAACAAAAUUCCAAUAAUAGCAGCUUCUAAAAAUCACUAAUGCCAGUGUAAAUGUUCUAUUAUUUCACCUUCAUUUGUGUGGCUUCCUAAAUGUUCUCUGUAACUCACCAAUGUUCCUCCUCCUGGUUGCUCUUAUACUGGUGUCUAUGGUAAGUUAUUCAUAAUUGCAGUGUUAGAUCAUUGACACAUCUAUGAAGUUGACUCCCUUAAAUAUGUUCAAAGCUGGUAAUGUGCUUUUCCAUUAAUUUAAAACAAAGCAAAUACAAGUUUUGUACCAAU